AGGAUUUUGGAGGGAGAAGCCCGCGUUUCUUUGUUUUUGUUCAAAAAUCCUAAGCUCCUAACUAGCUACAGCAUAACUCCCCUUCCACAGAGGCUGACCGUCUUCGUCUUAACCAAUUGUUCUUUUUCUCUCUUUUAACGACUCUUUCAGUCCAUUCUCCCUCUUCCUCUCUCCAAAAAACUGAAGAAUUUCCCUCUCUGAAAACGGCGAAAGUAUAAUUCCACAGGAACUUUUUUGAACAACCAUGGAACGGCGACAUAACCAUGACCCUAAGGUGCCGAUUGAUGUUAUCGAGGAUGAAGAAAUAGGGGAAUGUUCCUCCAUAGUCAAAAAAAGAAAGCAAGAAACCAAGAAAAUUAAAGUGAAGGUGGUGAAAAAGUCGAAAUCGAUAGGCGAGGAAGAAGAAUCGGUUAGCUUCCAGAUUGAGACUGACAUUCCGCUUCGGUGGGUAAUGAUCGGGUUUUGUCAGAAAUUGGGUUUGGAUUUUCAAACCACCCGAUUUGAGUUUAAAAGUGCCAAGCUAAGGGAAAUGGAUACUCCCCAUCAACUUGGCAUGGUUCAUGAUGACGUCAUUCUUGCAUUUAUUCCAGGUGCUUCUGUGUGUGCUAUGAAUUAUGCAACUCUAUGCAUCCGCAUGCAUAAGGAGACAGACUUGUUUUAUAAUGUGAGGCUCUCUACAGCUUUACUGCCUCAGCUUUGUAGAUGUGUUAUUAGCAGUUUACGUCAUGAAAAAGACUCUCUAAGCUUUGUUUACGGUGGAUUAAAGUUAACUGAGAAUCAUACAGCUAAGGAACUCAAUAUGCAAAAUGGUGACGUCAUUGAUGGCUUUAGUUUUAACAAAAUGAGUUCUUCCUUGAGGAUAAUUCUAACUCUGAAAGUGAAAUGUUUAUCGGGCUAUGAGAGGCUGUUCAGAGUCACUAAAAAUACUCGUUUGGAUCAGAUAAUGGAUAAAUUAGAGCCGCUGCAUCCAUUGUCGAGCCUAAAUUAUGACUUUGACUUUGACUUUAGGUUUCUUUUCCGUGGUAAACGACUUGAAGAAACAAAUACAGUCGAGGAGGUGCAGCUCAAGGAUGGUGAUGUUAUAUUUUGCGUUCCUUUUCUUGUUUAUGAUUGUGUGAUCUACCAAAGCUGAUGAGAUUGCUGGUUGUUUUAGCUACAUUUGCUAUUACUUCCUCAUUAUAGCUAGCUAGAUUCUAUUGUUGGUACUUGGUAGUCUUGGUGAAACCUGGAAGAGGCCGUUCCUAAAACGGGCCAAAGAUAAAAAUGUGACGUAUUGAAGCCCAUGGGCCCAAUCCACUUAUUGUGUCACCAAGCUUUCUUCAACUAUUCUAGAUUUUUUUUAAUACCACAUCUCUUUUUGUUUGCUCCA